UACCGCUUGCUGGUUCUUUCUACAGCAGCAUUUGACUUGGUAUCUUGAAAGCUGAGGCUGGACCACAGUUUUUGGAACCGCGCAAUCCUCCGUUCACUUCACACAUAAUUCCCGCAUCUUCUCUUUGAGUGCUUCGACGACAUCUCUAGCACUGGCAUUCAGUGUACUCAGUUGGCCACCAACAUUUCACAGACACGUCAAGAGGGGCCUGACCAUCUCACGUCACUUUUGCCCCCCCGGAUUGUCCUUGAGCACUUUCCUCUAUUCUACUUAUCUUCCUGUUUUGUCUUGAAUGUCCCGAAUGGCGGCCGACAAUAAGAGAAUCCCUACAGUGACGAUUACAUCACAACGAUCUCGCUCGAAUUCACUGAAUUCGACCGCUCCGUCUCUGAAAUCCCCUCGAACUGCCCGCUUCGCGGAAGCGACAUCAGUCAACUCGCCUAUUGAACCCUCAGAAAAGGCGCAGAAUCCGUUCGCUGAUCCGCCCACGAACCACUACCUUCCUCAGCCGCAACCGGCGGACAUCGGCUUCGGUUAUAUGAACAAAAAAGUCGCUGCUCAUACAUCCGUCGAGAUGGAGGAGACCGAUCCACGGUAUCUGGCUCCCACGACGCCAAGAAGUCCUCUGAAGAGCGCCUUGAAGAGCCCUGGUGCGCCUCCUCGGACGGCCCGUGAGAACCCACUGUCUCCAACUUUCCAGGAGGAGCAGAUCCUUGAGAAGCAGGAUGAGUUGACUGAAAAGGAACAAGAGAAAGACUUAAGAAUCAAGUUCCGCGUCCGACUCGCGAAAAUCCUUCUGCGAGGCGUCAACUUCUCAUGCUCGCUCAUAGUCGUCGCGAUGCUUGUUGCUGUCUUCUCGAUAUUCCGUUCGACUCGAAAUAUCGCUAGCCGAAACGGGUUGCCCCCGUGGGCACCGAACACCCCCCUUUGGCCGCAAAUCACCAUCCUCGUCAUUGCCUCCAUUUCGUUGUUCUUGGCCGUAGUUGUGCUUUGGGCCAACUGCCGACAUGGACAUCGGAGAGCCGAAAAAGUCGCGGUGUAUUAUACCACCUUUGCGGUGUUUUUCUUCGUCUUCAGCAUCGUCAUGUGGGGAGUUGGCGCCGCCAUUCUUCAGUCCAGCAAAAACGGCCAGGGCGGCAGUGAUAUGUGGGGUUGGGCUUGUAAGGAUAACAGGAGAAAGGAGCUUUUCCAGGAUGACAUUAACUAUGGGCUGGUCUGCCGUUUGAUGGACUGGGCCUUGGUCUGUGCCAUUAUCGAGAUCGUCGUGGAGCUCUUCAUCAUUCUCAUCUAUGGCUUCGUCUUCUACCGCUUCUGGUCUAAGAGACGACUCCGAAAGUCUAUGGCUCACCGCGACAAGGCGCGGAGCGAUCUGUACCUGGCGCAGUUGCGGUCCCAGUCCGCCCCCAACACCCCUGGAUUUCCGCUCUCUCCCCGCGACGGGGGCUGGCGUGCGCCGGCGGAUCACAACAAGGAGGCGGCCAUGGAAGAGGGCACUGCACAAGAUGGAGUUCAGUACGCUGUUGCGUCGCCCCGCCAAUUUGCCGAACCCAAGCCGUUCGCCCUUCAAGCGCCGCCAUCCAAGAACACCCCGAAGGUCAAGCAAGACGGGUUCUCGCCCGUGUCGCCGAUUGGCAACAGCCCCAGUCCACCACCACCGCCGGGUAGUCCGGGUAUCGCGGAGAGGCACAACGACCACGUUGCUGCUGCUCCAGGGGAGCAGACGUAUGAUGCGGUACCCAUCCCUGGCUCAUAUGCCGCGCCGCUAUCGCCAGGCAUGCCACCACAGCAGCCGCAACAGCAACCCGGGUUGGAUUUUGGAUUCAAGCGGUGACCGAGAGAUUUGGACAUCGAUUGACCUUUGUUUCCGUAAAUAUAUCAGGGUAAUGUUGGGAUGCGUGGGAUUGGAUGAAAACGGGACUUUGGGUGUUGUCGCGACGGAGUAUCACUUCUUACUCUCGCUUGCAUCUUUCCUUGUCAUGGUGAUACCUUGGG